AUGGAUUCAAAAGCCUCACCUCAAAUUGCAUUUUGGAUUCAACAUUAUCUUUAUUCAAUAGGAUCUGUUUUGCCUCUUAAGAAUUUUGAAAGUCUUUUUAAAUUCAAUUAUAAUGAAACUAAAUACAGACAACAAUUCAAUAUUUUAUUAUCAUUGACAAGAUUGGGAAACCUAUUGUCCGAUCUUGAUGAGAUCAAUGAUUACAGCUAUGAGAAUUUCUUGGAAGCCGCAUCAAUUGCCGCCGAAGUUGCUAUCACCUUUAGUCAUCUACCCAUUCUAAAGAUAUUCAUUAGAUCAUUGAUUAUUAAUGCAAUGAUAAGAAGUACAAGAGAGGAAUUGAAUGAUAAUAAGAUUAUUGCCAGUAUUGUAGAAGGAAACAUAUCGGAGGAUGAAGCAACCAAUAUCUAUUGUAAGGAGAUCUACGAAGCUGCUUUGAAGGAGAAUAGUGUUGCCGACACUGAACUGCUUAAGACCUAUUCCGCUAGUUACCUUCAGUCCACUUUCAAAGACAUCAAGUCAGCCAUCGACAAGGAGAACGUUCCAUUGUUGUUGUCUUUUUCAGAGGAUAUCAAUAGAAGUAGUGGUAUGUCAACUAGAUAUGCUCGACCAUUCUACAAGGAGGUGGAGGAAGGUGAUUUCCUAAAGUUUGAGCUUGAUACUCCAGAUGACCUCUUGGCAAAGGAUACCGCCAACUCAACAACAUCACAUCAUAGUAAUACUGAUGAUGACAACAACAACAACAAUAAUAAUAAUAACGAUAUGAUGGAUAUGGGAGGUGGUGAUUUUGAUGAUGUUGCAGAUGAUUCUCAAAAUAAUAACAAUAAUAAUAAUAAUAAUGAUGAUGAUCAAUCAAAGAACCUUACUGCUACUAUGAAAGUCAAAGGUAAAAUAGUGGAAAAGAGGUUUUGGUCGGCAGAGGAGGUCAAUUAUUUCAUUAAUCUCAUCAAGACUCAUGGUAUUGGAAAUUGGUCUGUCAUUCAGAAAGCUGGUUUCAGUACUGGCAGUUAUAAUAGAACCGCAGAAAAUCUAAAAGAUAAAUUCAGAAAUCUAAAGGCAAAGCAUGAUUUCUCGAAAUUCCCUGUUGUGGCUCCUCCUAACACCCUCAAGCCAAAGGUAAUUGUCAGUUCUGAAAGCAUAGACAAGAUGAUUUCAGCUGUAGUUUCUGAUAGUGAACAUGAACAUGAACAUGACAGUGAUAGUGAGAGUAGCAGUAGCAGUAGCAGUGGCAGUGGCAGUGACAGUGAAGAUGAUAUUUCAAUAGAUUCGAGUGAAGAGGAGACAUCGAAGCGUCACAAGAAGAAAGAGCAUUCAACUAAAAGGAAAUCUAAAAUGGAUGAGGAUAGUGAUGAAGAUGACAACAAGAGAUCAAAGAGUAAAAGAGAGAAAGAGAAGGAGAAAGAGAAGGAGAGGCAAAAAGAGAAAGAAAAAGAGAAGGAGAAGAGAGAUAAGAAAAGAGAAAAAGAAAGAGAAAAAGAAAGAGAAAGAGAAAAAGAGAGAGAAAGAGAAAAAGAAAAGCAAAACAAAAAGAAAAAGAGUACUAGAAAAGAAGAGUCAGAGCCUGAAGAUGAGAAUGAUAGUGAGAAAGAAGAAUCAUCUGUUGUAAAAAAGAAAACAAAGUCCAAGAGAGACAAAAGAGAUGAGGAUGAUGAACAACAUAGCAAGAAAAGAAAGAAACCAAGCAAAGGAUUGAUGGAAUAUGAUGAUGAAGAGAUCGAUUUCGAUAAAGAUCAAGAGGAGCAAGUACAAGAAGAGUCAGACAGUAACUCAAAGAAGAAACAUAAAUCGACACCUUCUAAAGCUAGUACUCCAUCAUCAACAACAACAUCAUCAUCGAAGAGUACAUCUACACCCAAAAAAGAUGUACCAGAUACACCAUCCAAAACAGCCAAGAAACCGGCAGCCUCAACACCGCCAUCCUCAAAAUCUAAAAAAUAA